CGCCGCAAGAGCACGAAAGACGAAGUCCAAGAUGGCGGCCCUCCAGCUUAAUGUGUAGCUGUCUGUUUGCAUCAAUCCGCUACCAGGCGGGUUAGUAUCGAAGCAUCGUUUGUGGGUCAUGUGUGAAUUCGAGUCCACUGGAAUCGCACAGUUCUGUGACAGGUUUCAUCCGGCAAUGCGGACUAUAGUGAUGUGGUUGGUAUAGCGAACUGCGUAAAUAUCUAACACGUGCAGAAAUGAUGGCUGUAAUCGCACUAUUGAGUUUCCGUGACUUCAAACCGUGUUCAGUAGCAAUCGCUAAGUGACAACAUAGAAAAGUCUGCCCACCUAGAAGGGCUACUGUGAAGUUCGUGCAUUGUUAGUCUUGUGUUGGCGUUGCGCGUAAAGCCUCUUUACUUGACGGAUUAUGAUGAACGCACUUGUUACAAGUCGUCUAAACAAAGAUGUUGUCUAAAGAAAAAGGCAAUAACGUAAAUGAAAUCGGAAUAUUUAUUUCGUGUUAAUGUCAGGUCACGCCGUAGAUGCACAAAGAAUAGUCUACGAAUGGUACUUUGUUCUACAAAAAGGCUGACGUGCUACUUUUUUAGAUCGCUGUCGCAAUGUGUAAAUAGUUGUAAAAAGAUCAAUCACUUGGAGAAGUUUUUGAAAGUGCCUAAUUCGUCAAUCGCUUGGACCGCAACGUUCGUUGGAAAUGUUUUUAUCUACGAAAAACAAUCAGCAUGCAUAGUCACGUGUUGUUUAGCGUCGCUCGUCCUUUUCACUUAUCUGACCAUUCCUGUGCCAUCAUAUGUUACCCUGGCAGUGCCGUGGCGAUUCCCUCCCACCUUCGGGUCGUUCAAAUGCGUCAGUGAUGCGUAAUGGGCUCCCAUCUGUAUAUCGUCACGUGUACCGUUAAAUCGACAGGGGCAACAAGCCAAGAGGCAAACGUUGCAGAACGGCCAUGAGAGUAGUAGUACUACUGCUACUACUACUAUAGUUACUACUAGUAGCAAUAGUACUAGUAGCUAAACCACGAAGACAUCGGGGGCGGGAGAAGGCCGGAGGAAGAGUAAUUCUGACGAAAAGAGAACAUUGAGACCGAUGCGAAAUGAAUUUAUCGUGGCCUUUAUCAUAUGCAGUCAACACAGCAGGCUUUAUAUGCUAGUAUGCCAUAUACUCGAGUGGCAUACUAGUUUAUGUUUCACACCGUCAAGGCAGUAGGUAUACGUGAUACGGGACUAUAACUAAAGCGCAGAAUAACAACUAGUGAACACCGUUAUCAUGACUAGUUGAAUUUGUGGCCAAAACAAUUUGUUUUGAGAACGUUUCCAGCCAAAGCUCAUGGUACAGCGUACGCUUGGAUAUAGAGUAAACAGCGUAGGCAUGUGAUAAUGACAGAAGGGCCAACGAAGACUACAACAGGCAACGAAGGCCUGGGUUUAUGCAAUAACUGAGUAUUCGAGUGCAAACUCGACAACCAAAUCGAACAGUCAUAAAUAAAAAAAAAGAAGGCACGACCAUUAUCUUUACUCCAAUAAAUGUUUUGAUAAUGUUCUGGUUCGUAUUUAAAAUAUCCUCUUUCCAAAUAAUACUAUACUUUCAAUAUAUUUCUUAGAUAUCCACUGCAGAGCCGCCAAUGCACGUGCAAACUAUUUACACUGGGAAUCUUCACAGCAAUCUAACAUAUGUGUGCUUAUGCAUGAACGAGAGAGGUGGGUGGGGGCUGGGUAGAGAACGAAUGCCCGUUCCUACGGCAUGCACAGAAAUUGCCAACUGGUUUCAUUCUUCAUUGUGAACUUCGCCCUGUGAAAGCAGCCACCGGCGUUGCUGCCAGCCACCGUCAGGAUUAUCACGUACAGGUGGCCACGUCAUCCCAAUACCACCUCUCCUUUGCUGUCCUCCCAGUUUUAACCCAGUUGUCAGACGAGCACGCUGUGCGUUUAGCUGCCCAGGCGCUAGAAAAUAGCGACAUGUCAACACAUCUCUUCUCUAAUAAACUUGCUAAUAAGCUGGCUCACUCUAAUAGUUGUGUUGGAUGAGGACGUUUGAGUGAACAAUGACAUUCCAAUUUAGGAGCGCUGUACUACUACGAUUCGGGAUGGAAUUCCCGUUUCUUCUACCACCGUCGUCCUUCUACCCAUCAUUCCCGUUUUACACUAAGUCUACAACAGAUAACGAAUUGCACGCUUUUUUCCCUGUGCCUUUCGUAACGAAGUGCAACGCACGUUUAUGUCGAACUGAGCUGCCCGAUAGGCCACACGGUAUAACACGUUCAGUCAAUACGCCUAUAAAAUGGCUAUCGGUUGAUGGACCAACAUUUCGUCCACCAGCGCCGUAGAUAUAUAUGGUUGCGCAUCUGAUUUACUAACAUUCAUAAAUAUCUAUCAAGUUGAUGCUAGCAACAUAGGUUGAACUAGAACAAGUUUAGUUCGGGAACGGCUCGUUGAGGAAAGUAACGGCUCAGGCGCGUUUAUUAACGUCUGCUCUCAUCCUUUCCCUGCCUUCCGUUAGUGUUACCUCGCUACGUCUCCAACAUUCCCAUAGCGGCCUUCUCUCAUUCGUUCUAGCGAGUUUCUCGCUUUUUCAUUCCAGUUGGAGCAAAGUGGCGGUUACCAACGAAGCGUGGCCUAUAGCACGUAGAUAUUCGCAUAUCUGUGGGUGCGUCGUGCCAGAUUUUUGUCGCUCUAUUACCACUGCGAACGGACUGACCAGUUAGCGUGCCAGUAGGGAAGCUGAUCGGUCGAGCGAACAGCCUGUACGAAGUCUAGAGAUCCAGUGCUUUCCUCGCCUAUGCAACUGGCACACAUGUGCGGCCAUAAUAGCAUUUUUCAUUCGUCGACAUUGCACCACCCCAUAUUACAGCCAAUGGCUACUUUGGAUCGGGCUUCCGAUCAACUAUCCGUGCUGCGAGCACUGCCAACGGCCAGAUAAGCUCACAACCGCAUAUUCCGAUAAAUAUUUUCAUUUUUAUGAAAUACCCAAAACAUAGUAAUAUAAUGGGCAGCACAGCUAGCUCUUCAUCUAAACAGGCGAUUGAUUUUUAGCUCAGAAGCAUCUGUAAUUUUUAAUUAAAUUAGACACGAUCGUGUGUACAUAUGCAGAGUAUCGCAAACGCAGCUCGAUUGAUUUCUUCUUAAGUAAUUAGGUGUGUAAAUAGACGAGUGCGUUCUGACUAUAGAAACGAAAAUGGCACGAGCAACAUAGAAUAGCACGCGACCGUCGUCUCUUUCGCUCAAGAUAACGCUAUACGUUUUCAGUGUGGUAACUUAUAUUUGUCAUUGCAUGCAGUGGGUUGGCCCAGUGAGUUUGAGCAUAAAGUACAAGAGCCAAUUCGCAUAUCGAUGGUGUGCAGCAACUCAUAUCCAUUUGCAAAGGUACUGUGCCACGUAAGACGUUUCCAUUUCGUGGCCAACUCCAUAGAUUACAUGACUGAGAAAGGAGUGUAGUUUCACACUUGUUAAUGUUGGUGAUUUUGCUUUCAGGUUCCCGCAGGUCUAAAUGGAGCAUUUAAAUCGGUCGAUCAGUUUCCGCCAGCAGGUCCUUGCCAGAGCGAUAAUUGCUCAGAUCGCAGUGUCCGUACUAUUAACGGUUAUCCCUUUGACUGACGGCGGCUGUGUUUCUCCUCGCACUAUCUACCCCUGCAGGUGCCGCGGCUCAGAUGGUUAUGGUCUCAGUAUCUAUUGUGAAGAGGUCAAUAUCGCGUUGUUGUAUUCGGGAAUAGUGCGACUACAAAGUACUCCCGUUUCACUACUUGAGGUGGUCAAUGCAUCAAUGCGGCAACUCUACGGCCCCAUGUUCGUAGGGCCAGCCAUUAAGAAUCUGACGCUCAGAAAUGGAGAUCUGCGCGCUUUCAGUGCGGAAGUACUGAGUCCCCUUAACGAGACGCUUAUUAAUCUCGAUUUACGAGAAAAUGCGAUCAAGGCAAUGCCUAUCGAGGCGCUGAAGCCGCUCAACAAGUUGUACUCUCUCAAUCUGUCUCACAAUCAAAUCGAAAUUGUUCCCGACCACGCGUUCGCCACACUCAGCGCGCUAUUCGAGAUCGACCUCUCGAAUAAUCGCAUCAAGAGUCUUGCCCCGAUGGCGUUCGUCGGUCAAAACAACCUCGAGAGGCUGCAUCUUCACUUCAACGACAUCGCCGUGUUCGACAAGAACACGUUUCGAAAUAUGAGAAAGCUCAAGUACCUCGAUUUGGCAGCCAACAACCUUGACAAAAUUCAGAAGACGGAUUUCCAGCAGCUGACUGGCUUGUGGAUACUGAACGUCUCGCACAAUUACAUUAAAUCGAUACCGAGGGCGACGUUUGUUACCAAUACCGUUCUUCGCGUCCUAAACAUAUCGUACAAUGCACUUAGCGAAAUCGACCAGAACACUGUCAAGGGUUUGAGGUUCCUUCGCGACUCAUACUUCCGUGGCAAUCGCAUUACUCGCGUUGAUAAGAAGGCUUUCGCCGGCUCGAAACACAUUCGAACAAUCGACCUUGCGUAUAAUCGCCUCCAGGACAUUCCCUACGAACAGUUCAAGGAACACCAAUGGCUCGAGCGUCUUUUCCUUAACCAUAAUAACAUCUCACGGAUCGCGACACAGGCCUUCAGCCAAAUGUACCAGGUGCACAUCGAUUUAUCAUACAACAAUCUCAGCUUCGUCGGCAACAGGUCGUUCUCAAACGUAGCCAAUAUGACGAUACUCGACCUAUCACACAAUCUGCUCAAUGAGAUGCCGAACGAUGCGUUUACGGACAGUGACUGCACGACGCUUAAUUUAAUGUUUAACAAUUUUACUGACAUCACCAAGAUACCGAUAGCCAAUUUAAGUUCGAUCAAAGUUUUCAAUGUCACCUACAAUCGUCUCCAAAAGAUUGACAGGAGAGCGUUUACGAAGACACGUCUCUACAACUUGGACACGGCCGACUUCUCCUAUAACAAUUUGUCGGACAUCAGUGGAAAUCCAUUUGAGAAAUUCGCUAGUAUACGGUUCCUCAAUCUAUCCCACAACUAUAUCCGAAAGGUUAGUUUUUCAACAUUCGGUAACCUCCCGACACUCCUUGAAUUAGAUAUUAGUCACAACAAUAUUUCGGAUGUGGCCCAUUCGGGCUUGGCGACAUUGGGUGCUGUUCGAGUGAUCUACGCACAGUAUAACCGAAUCCAUAAGAUGUUCGCCAUUCCGAUAGCACUCAACGAGCUCCAUGUACAAAAUAACGAAUUGCAACAGAUUUAUCCAGGCACAAUCAACGUCAUGAAUUCGCUACUUCGCUUGUAUCUGGAUAACAACAAUCUGACAAAUCUCGUUCGAGGAGCGUUUGACGGACUCAACGCGCUACAGGAACUGUCGCUCGGCGGUAACAAUAUCACCGAGGUUCCAUACGAAGCCCUCGAGGUUAUGGCGGCGAUCCAACAUCUCUACCUCCAUAACAACAGCCUAACGCUAGUAAAGAAACGUGAUUUUGAAAAGUUUCCAACGUUGCUUAACCUACGCCUCGACCAAAACCGCAUCUGGAACAUCACUUGCGAUGCGUUCGUUGGCAGCAUCCAGUUACAGCGGCUAAAUAUGAGUUACAACAAUAUGAGCGAGCUUUCGCCCACUGCCUUAACUGGACUCGUGUCUUUGAGGGUGCUCGAUCUCUCGCAUAAUCGACUGCGGGGUCUCCAAAACAAGACCCACGGACUCCUUGAUGGCUUGCUCUCACUGGAGUACCUCAACGUCUCAGCCAAUGAUAUUGGAACGAUCUCCGACAAGACAUUUCCACGGAACCCCUACGUUCCUUACCAGCUGAAAGCAGUUAAUAUGAGUUCCAACUUUUUAUCAUACAUACCUGUUCUCAAACAGCCAUCGUUGCAAAAAGUUCAUGUCUUUGAUCUGUCAAACAAUUUGAUCAAUCAGUUGGAACGAGGCGCUUUUGCAAACCUUACAGACUUGCGACAUUUGUCGCUUCGAAAAAAUUACCUGCAGAUCUUGCGAACAGGCUUUCUUGAUUUGCCUAACGACCUAGUUGAGCUAGAUCUGUCGUAUAACCGCCUAUCUGAGUUUACGCCACCUGCAGACGGCCUGUCGCCCAAUAUGGUCCUGUUGGACUUACGGCACAAUAACAUCUCAAGAAUUAGCACGAACCUUUUCCCGCUCGUGAAAAAUCGUCUCCGCCUGUACUAUGCAGACAAUCCGUUGCAUUGCGAGUGCUCACUGGCAUGGCUAGUGUCCUUUAUCCAACGAAAUCAGCGACCGCAAGAAGCUAGCCAAUGGACAAAUACGUUCUGUGUGAGUCCCGCUCAUUUAGCCGGCAAGGCAUUUAACGAAAUUGCAUUGGAGGGCCUUAAUUGCGACGGCGACCCGACAGAGCAGACUACGGGGGACGUAACGUUCCGCUUUAUACAGGUUGGACAGAGGUUCAUCGAGUUGCAGUUCUACGUUUCAUCUCGUCAAGACAUCGGGGGCUUUCGCGUCGAAAUCCGUUCAUCACAAGAGGCUUAUCUGUCGUACGAAGCCUUUAUACCGUACAACAGACGAUUUCACCGAAUACCGCGUUCGUCGAUUCGUACAAGCCAAGAGGUCGAUAUGCACACGCUUUGUGUAUUGGCCACUGAUUCAGAAAACUCAACAAGGCCAAUUGCGUCUCGUCAUCAAUGUCGAGUCUUGUAUCAGGCCAUUGGUAUAGCAGUAAGUAGGAAAACGCAACCAAGCCUAGAUGUAAUUGUGUUUGCUAUUCUUAUGCUAAUUCUCAACGGGACGCGACUUAUCUAAGUGUUUUGCCAUCAGACGGAUGCAUCCAAGAACAAGUCGUGUUUAGCCACCAGUAGUAGGCAAGUAAAAUUUGUUACGCACUGUUAUGAUAUAUGAAAAUUGACUGUAUUUAAAAAUGUUCAAGUGUGAAAAUAAAACGAAACGAAAAAUA